AUGCAGCCACAGCAGUAUCAACUGCCGCCACAGUCCAGCAUGCCCCGACCCAUGAGCCAGCAAUAUGCGCCAAUGCCUCCCCAGAUGCAGCCACCACAGCAGCAACCCCAGUACCAACGGCAGCCUCAAGUCGUCAUCCCCCCGAGGACACAGCAAUAUGCCCCCAUGCCGCAGAUGCAGCCCCCGCGAAUCCGACAUGUCCAGGUGCCGGUCCAGCGAACAGGCAGCACGGGCAUGGCGCAAACAGACGGCUCGGCUGACCAACAGCGGCGGUAUAGCGCACAGCAGGCACCCAAUACACCCAGCUCCAAGCCAGUGCAGCGGUCGCCGUCAUUUCAAGAGAAUGGGCCCAGGCCACAGCAGCGACCCGUCGUCACUCCUUCGCACAGUCAAGCCCAGUCUCGAGCGCCUCUACAACCGCAGACGACGCCUCAGCAACAGCGUGUGCCUUCGCAGUCGACGCCUCAGCAGCAGUACAUGUCCUCUCAGCCCACCCUUCAACAGCAGCGACCUUCGCAAUCGACGCCCCAACAACAGCGCCCUCCACAGUCGACUCCUCAGCAACAACGACCCCCACAGUCACAGUCAACGCCCCAGCAGCAACGUAUGCCCUCACAACCCACGUUUCAAGAACAACGUCCUUCCUCGCAAUCUACUCCUCAACAACCGCGACCCCCACAGUCUACCCCUCAGCAACAGCGACCCCCUCAAUCAACGCCCCAACAACAGCGCGUACCCCCACAGUCUCGGACGCCGUCGAGCCAGUAUGGCAGUCCGUUCCCUCAGCCGCCCUCGUCCAAACCACGCAUGCACCCCCAAGUCGUCAUACCGAAAGCGUCGUCCUUGCAUCAGCUUACACCUACGAAGCGCGCCCAUCCUCCUCCUCAGAAGGCCCUUCCUGCCGAGCUCUCCGAACUAUUGCUUACGGCUGCGGACGAAUACAUUGCGGUCGCGCGAGGCAUGGGAUCGCUACUCAUACGGGAGAGAAGGGAGGCCGACGUCCGACAAUACUACAAGUUAAUGUCCACUGCCAUGGGGUGCAUGGAUACUGUGCUGAGGGACUUCAACAUGCCGCCUAGGGACGAAGCCAAGCUGCGGUUGAGGUACGCCAGCUUGAUGAUUGAAGAGACGGACAUCGAGGCCGCGGACAUUUCUAGUCGAAUUGAGGAGAUUCUGUCCAAGCAGACAUCGCUCUGUGGACGCCAUCGCCUUCAAGACCUGAAGUUUGCUGCCCUCCAUCUUCAGGCACGAUAUCAGUUCAAGACCAAUCACCGCGCCGGUCUCAAGUCGCUCGACCAGCCUAUAAAGGAGGCGGAAACCUUCCAACACAUCGCCUGGGUGUAUGCGCUGCGGUUUCUCAAAGUCACGCUCGCACUGCAGAUACCGGGUCGUGUCGAGGUGGCAUUGGCUCUCCAGCAACUCCAUGCUAUACAAGAUCACGCGGACCGGCGGGGUGAUCGGGCCAUCUACGUCGCUUGUCACGUACUCGAAGCGAUGGUUCAUCUACGCUCGGGUGCAAGCGAUCGACUCGAACAAGCCCAACGCGCCAUCGCAGCAGCCAGAAGCCUGCAGCUUCAAGUGUCAGCCAAGCAGCUAGGAUCGUUUGGCACUCUCAUCGACAUUAUUGACAUUGCUAGCGGUAUCCAAAAGGGCAGCCCCAACCCACAGAAGUCUACCGCGCUUCUGGAAUCCAUACUAGGCGACAAGAACGAACAGGGUAGCUCCCAAGGCGGCGUCUUCACUGUUCUCAUUGAGCGGAGCUUUGGGGGUCACCUGACUUUUGACACUGCUGGCAUCUUCCGAAAGAACGCGGAGCAAAAGGACGAACUGGUGUUUGCAUGGCUUCCGAAGGAGGAUCUUCAAGCGUUGUGCUUCCAUAUCUGCGCACUGGACCAACAUGUUCAUGAGAAGGGUCUGAACUUCAUGAAAGAAGCACAUCAGCGCUUCCGAGAGACUGCGAAGCGACGCGUAUACAAUGGCGUACCUAUAUCCAUCUCCUUUGCACGCAUCGAGUGGAACAUGGUCCUCGACUGGUAUUCCAUGUUUGCCAUCGGCCUCAUGGCCCGUACUAGGAACGAUCCCGCAACCGCCGACGAUGCGUUGGGUUUUCUCAAGAAGAAGAUCUCGACGACCCCAUACAGCAAUCAAGAAGCAUUCGCUCGUACGCUCGCCUACUUCUCCGCCAUCACCGACCAGAUUAACGGAUCCCACAACUCCUCACUAGCCGCAUUGUCCUCGGACGUCCUCGCGAUACCAGAGAAGGGCCACGCAACCCCCGCUAAAACAGACAUUGCAAUAAUGGCAGCCCUGAACCGCCUCCUCAUUCUCCGCGAUGUCUCGCAUCCCCAACACUUCCAAGCCGCCCUCCUUCUAGCUCAAAUCAAACCCCUCUGCGACGACCACCCCAAUCAAUACAUACGCAUCGCCUUCCGCCUCGUCCAAGCCUACCACAGCGAAGACGCGCCCAUCCUGCAACAAAAGAAAACAGUCCAAGCCGCCGUAGGUAUGGCCCAGGAUGUCUCGAAGCGAACCCAGAACUUUGAGUUCGUCGCUAUGAUGAUGUGUUACUUUGUCGCGCGCUUCUUCGCGGAGACCGUCGGCGAGAAGAGUAUCCAGGCGAUUCGUGCGGCGAGGUCACAGGCGGUUAAAGUGCAUAGGCCGCUGUGGGUGGCGGUUGUUGCGGGCCUUUGUAUGAAUACUUAUAGGAGGAAUGGGCUUGUGGCUGAGGCGGAUGCGGCGGCGCGUGAGUUUGAGAAUGUGAGGGGUCAGUUGCCGGGUGCGUUGAGGGGGGCGGAUGGUGGGGGGGUGGAUGUGGAUGCGGAUGGCGAUGUUGAUGCUGAGGGGGAGGAGGAUGUUGAUGCUGAUGGCGAUAUUGAUGUUGUGGGUUAG